CAGCAGAAGCAGGUUCAGUCGGUGUCAGCGAGCGGAACGGAUCGGAUCUCUUUCUCUCUAUCUCUGGCCUCCAAGGGGGUUAGGACUUUGGCUUUGACGGGUGACCAAAUCAUCGGCCAAAUUUCUUUGCUUUUAUUGUUUCUGGUGCAACACCGAAGAAAAAGGUUCUAUCAAUUAAACGCGUUGAUGGGGGUUCGGUUCGAAUGAAUUUCGGCAUAGUAGGCGGCUUUCGGUGGAUUUCUUCCGUCAAGUGGGGCUCGGUAAAAUUGUGUAUUUCUCGGAAUGUCCGGAAGUGGGAAUUGAUUUGAUUCAUUAGAUUCGACUUUUAUGGGAACAAGUGGGCAAAGUGUCGGAAUUUCCAAAGUUUCACAUAGCAAAGAAAGUGUCAAAUAAAAUUGAUUAUUCUUUUUAGGGAACGGAGAAGUUUUUCCCUUUUCUGCAAGCAGUGGAUGAAAGUGUAGGAAAAUUUGUCGGAGAGGAAGUUUUGCCUGGCAGUUUUUUUUUUUGCAAGAGGAAUUAAGUGAAAACAUAUAAAAGCGGGAAUACAUAAAUCUAUUUCAAAGUGAUUGAGGAGUUGGAAAGAUGCGACAGAUGCGGCCGGAUGAUGAAAGUGCCGGUGUACAGUGAGUGAGAGUGUAGAGAGUGAAGUCAUGUGCGGUAGCUGUGAAUUGUAGGAAGUGGAAGCCGAUGCGACAUGGAAACAUUUUCUGACAUUCCAUCGAAGCAGCGGCAGUCGGAUCCGAUUGCCGGAACCGACCCGCAGGACGUCAGCAAGAGAUUGACCAGUGCAACAUCAGCAACAACAACAACAACAGCGACGGCAGGAUCUAAAGUUCAGCGAAGGAGCCCAACGAGGAAAACUCACGGUCACGGCGGCCGCAAGGCAAGCGGAAAUAGUCUCGAAAGUGGUUUUCCGGUUAAACUGGCCCCCUCCUCGUCUGCCAGCAGUGUGAUCAACUAUUCAUUCUACCUGCUAUGCAUCAUAUCUCUGGGUGCUACCAUUUACUCCAACAUACGCCAAUCAUAUCUAGAGGAUAGAUUAUUUAGCCUAGUUAGUAUCGAAGAACGCCUAAGUCUGUUAGAGGCCCAGAUCCGAGAUGUAUAUAGAACCGGCAGUUCCCGAGUGUGGGGUCGUGAUGAGCAGGAGGAAAGCGUCGCCGAUACGGUGCGUAAAAUUUCGCUCCAGAUUGCCGAACUACCGAGGAUACGUCGCGACGUUUCGGCCCUGAAACUGUCGCGGACGGUUCGCCAAGCAGCGGUCCAACCGCUGGAAGGAGCAGAAUGCGUUUGUCCACCAGGACCACCUGGCCCUCCGGGACCUCCGGGUAAAAGAGGGAAGCGCGGCAAGAAAGGUGAUCCUGGUGAACCGGGCGUGGAGGGUCCAACGGGUCCACCUGGCAAGAAUGGUCUUCCGGGCUUGAAGGGAUCAAAGGGAGACCGAGGCUCGAUGGGGCCAAUCGGACUGGACGGUCCUAAAGGUGAGCCGGGACGACCUGGCGACAAAGGCUCGAAAGGCGAAGUCGGACUGCCACCGAUAGACGUGUUCCAAACAGUGAAGGGAUUAAAGCGAUCCGUUACGACACUGCGGGGAGGUUCGCUAGGAUACGCUGAAAUUGUAGCCGUUAAGGGUGAACCGGGUGAGCCAGGUCCUCCAGGUCCCCCGGGACCGGUGGGGCCUUCCGGCCCGAUAGGACUCGACGGACGGCCUGGUCCUCCGGGUGAUCCCGGACCGAAAGGUGAUCCGGGAACGGCAGGUGAAAAGGGUCCCGUAGGCAAUCCGGGCACGGCAGGAGUGCCGGGUACGAAGGGUGAUCGUGGCGACAAAGGAGAUCGGGGUUUGACGACGCACUUCAAGGGCGAUCAGUUCCCGGCGGGUAUCAUCGAAGGGCCACCCGGCCCUCCGGGACCGCCAGGUCCACCAGGUGACAAGGGUGACAUUGGUCCGGAGGGUCCACCUGGGCCACAGGGCGAAAAAGGCCCCCGAGGUAAACGAGGCAAACGGGGCCCCGGUAAAGACGAUGACUAUGAUGAAGCGAUGUUGGCUCAGUUCCGUGGUCCACCGGGUCAACCUGGUCCACCGGGUCUCCCGGGACGGGAUGGUCUACCGGGACAGAAGGGUGAAUCCGGUGAAGCCGGAGCACCAGGAUCGUUGGGACCACGUGGCCUGGAUGGAAUGCCGGGUGAACCCGGUGUUGAAGGUCCGCCCGGACUUCCAGGCUACCAGGGACCACCAGGGGAAAAAGGUGACCCGGGAGAUAUUGGUCCACCUGGUUUGAUGGGUCCGCCCGGUCUUCCGGGCCCUCCCGGCUAUCCUGGCGUCAAAGGUGACAAAGGUGAUCGAGGCGAUUCCAAGUUUAGGAAAAUGCGACGACGACAGGAUCACGAAGGAAUGGCCGAUGAACCGUACCGGGAAGUGGUUUAUGGUCCACCGGGUCCUCCGGGAUCUCCCGGACCGAUUGGACACACCGGUCCACCUGGUCCCCGGGGGUACGACGGCAAGAAGGGUGACCGAGGCGAGAAGGGACAGAAGGGAGAUUACGGACCGAUGGGACUGCCGGGCCCCAUGGGAAUGCGCGGCGACUCGGGUCCUGUCGGUCCUGUCGGCAAAGCAGGCCACCCGGGACCCCCCGGACUGGACGGUAUGAAGGGCGCCCAGGGCGAAACCGGCAUCAAAGGAGAAAGAGGUGAUCCCGGACUGCCUGGAACGGACGGGAUACCGGGUCAGGAGGGACCACGUGGCGAAAAAGGUGGCAAAGGUGAUCCGGGACCGAUCGGGAAACGUGGCCGAAAGGGUGACCGUGGUGAUAAAGGUGACCAAGGGGUACCCGGAUUGGAUGCGCCUUGUCCACUGGGGAUGGACGGUCUUCCGCUGCCCGGAUGCGGCUGGCGAGCUCCGAAAGUGUACCAGGAACCAGUGAUGCCAUCACCGCCGCACAAAGACUACCUACCGGAUGUGACCGGAACGGAAAACGAGAGCGAGUACGCCGAAGAGGAGGACGACGGAACCGGUGGAGGCGAAGGCGAGGACUACGAGGAUGAGUACGCGGAAAACGAGAACGGAAACUGAAAGACCGUAACUGACUGACUAAGCUGACUGACUGACGAACCGACUCGACUGACCGCUAGACGAUGACCGACGGUCGUUUAGUUAUUUUUUUUCCACAAUGUCGACGGAGCGGCGGAAUCACACUUGAAAAGGUGCAAAUUUUCACGAUAUCACAAUUUCAUUUUGGCUUUCCCUUGGCUGGAAGCACAAUUUGUAAAUACAGCCCUGUUGUUCGAACCAACAAUCCCAAAUAAACAAACAAUUGCAAAAACCACGUGGCGGCUCCUGCGACAACCAACAGCGACAACGACGACAACGCCGAGGGGCGCAGCAAUUCAACACGGCAUAGUAGGCGGGCAGGCAGACGGCAGGAAAACGGCAAUCAGCACGGGAAAAAGAAACGCCAAAAAAGUUCAAUUUAUUGCUUGUGACUUUUAUUUAUUUGCUGGGCGUACACACUGUUACAGGGUCUCUUUUUUUUGCGAAUAAUUAUUUAAUUUUAAUGUGUGUUGAAGCUUUUUUUCUUUCUCUCUCUCUAUCGUGUGUGUGUCUGUGCGUGGCGUGCUUGGAAAUGAACGAAUCAGUUUUGUGAUUUUUAUGUUUUUUUUUCGUUUUGUUUAUCGAGGGGGAAACCGACGGCGGUUGACCAUUGCGGACAGUUUCUGCGUGAUUGAAUAGAGGGAUAGAGCGUUCCUAUCAGAGUGAGGCAAUUUUUUCCAAUCAUUACGAAAAAAAAGCUCUAAUGUUCCUGAUUUAUAGGCGAUAAUUAAUUUUCGACUAGCAUAUAUAAAUAAUAAUGCCUUCAUUUUAGUUUUUAGGUGAAGCUCUGUAAAGUUCAUUUCAACUAAUAGUAAGUGCUCUAAAUCAUUUUUACAUAACCACUUGACACUAGAAAAUCUCCAAUAAAAAUAACCAUUUAAGAA